CAGUAGACUUUCAUCAUCAUGCCACGCCGCCCGAAAUCUCGCUACGUUUUUGAUAUAGCAGCUUAUCAAAGGAUCUUUCGCCAUCAGCGCCUAACCAACGAUCUGAGUGUGGAAUGCCUGACUUGCCGCAGCCCUGUUGGCGUACAUGAGCCUUAUAGUCAUCAUUGGUUGGAGGGAGUGGAUGCGCAGCAUCUGAAACUGGGUCUGCAGGAGAAGCUGUUACUCAAGCGCAUUGAACGCGAGGGAAUUGACACCUUCAUCUUAUGCGAUGAGAGCGCUGUGAGCCGCACAAAAGAUUUUCUUCUGGAGGCGGGCAUGCACGCUGUGCCUCGGCUACUGCGAUUUCUCAACUAUGAGGCCAACCGACUGCAGGUGACAAUUGGUUUCUAUGUGAACGUCACCAAGCAACGCAUGUACUAUGAAAGUAGUCCCAUUGCCAUUGCGCAUCAUUUGGAUAUAGAGGAGACAGUGGAUAUGGUAUUUUCCCUUUUGCUAGAGAAGAUUAGCAGCUAUGUGUUGAUGCAUCAGCGUGUGCCCCUCGAGGCAUGCACAAUCAAGCGCUUGAAGGUGAUUGUAAAGCGUGAGUGGAAUGGAAAAUUGUCACUACCCUUGCAAUAUCGGGUCAAGUGCGACGGACCUGCUCCAGGCAGCAUAAAAGAAUCUGUUGAUUUGGCACUGCUUACCCAAAGUUUUAUAAAUUAUCAUGGGCAGCGUUUUGGUCAUUUUCCCAUUUCCCUUCGGGUGAAUUUGUUUAGCCUGCGCGUCUGUGCCACUACAAAGGAACUCUAUGUAGUGCCAUAUCUGCUCAGAAGUGAGGACUGGACCAAUACGCCCACAUUUCUUAUACAAACCAAUGUGACUGGAGAGUUUCAGGGCCUGCACGAAAUACACAAUGUACACAAAUUUCUGAAGGAAGAUUCGAGAGAUCAUGUCUUUGAAUGUCGUCUGUGUAAAUCACAUUUUGCAGAUCGCACUCAGUUUGCGCUGCACAAGCAAAUAAGUUGUGGGAGUGGCUUUGGGGUCUGGCAUAUGGAUGGAGAUUCUAUAGAAUUGUAUGAAAAUUGUAUGCAGUUGUCACGCGAUUUUUUACACUUUCCCUGGGUUGGCAUAAGGAUUUAA